GCCCCUCCUGCCCCCCCUGUUCCUACCCCUAUGGCAGUGAUAAUAACUCAGGAUCAUCAACAGUUAAACUACAAGUGAAAUAGAUGGCAUUAAAGACCCUUCAUGAUGGACUGUUCUCUGAAAAAUCAGAUGUUUGGUCUUAUGGUGUUCUUUGUUGGAAAAUAUUCAGUCUUGGUAAGGUACCAUAUCCUGGUCUGGAUCCAAUAGGAGUAGUGGAGUUACUGGAUACUGGAGGACGAUUGCAAUGUCCACUUAAUGGAGCCUGCUCACAGGAAAUAUACUCAUUGAUGAUGCUAUGUUGGUGUGAAUCUCCAAUUGAUAGGCCAGUGUUCAGUGAUUUAGUUUCAUUAAUUGAUAAUCUCAUUGAACCGUUAGCAGGCUACCUCGAUUUCACUCAAAUUAAUAACACUUGUAUAAAAAAAGAAAAUAAUUAUUACUGAAUAAUUAUCCUUGUAUAACAUGUCACAUGCAUAAUA